AAGCUCUACUUGUUGAUCCGUGGUUCCUGUCUGUCAUGUCACAUGUUGACGUGCACUCGAGCUGCCAUCUACCUGCUGCUGAACCAGCUCAGGUUAGUGGACCACGGAGCCAUGCAGGAAGUCUAUCAAAUCGAACACAUUCUGAACCAGCACCUGGAGGAGAACCCAAAAACCACAGGAGAUGAGAUUAAAGAAGUGCUGAACGGGUUUACAGACAGGAUAGUUGGAGCAAACACUGAACGUCCAGAAAACUCCAGACCCAUUAAACACCUGGUUGAGAAGAAGAGCAGCCUGAUCAGUGACUUCUGGAAGAAUCAAAUGAAGAUCAGGAAGUGUCCUUACUGCAGGGGGGGCAGGUGUACAGUGCGACGUGAACACAACAGUAAGCUCAUUGUCACCUUGCCAUCAGGAACACAAACCAAACCAAACGAUCUGGUGUCUGGGAAGAGAAUCUUCCUGACGGCCAGCACAGCCCAAGAACACAUCACCAAAGUGUGGGAGAAGGAAGGGUUCUUCCUGAAGUGUCUGUUUCCCGGACUGGAAGAGACCACGGAGUCCAACGAGGGACAGAAAGGUUUCGGUCCAGACCUGUUCUUCCUGGAGCUGCUGCUGGUCCCACCCUGCAGGUAUCGUCCCAUCAACCGACUGGGCGACCAGAUGUUCACCAAUGGUCAGACGGUCAACAUGCAGGCUGUGAUGAAGGACUGCGGGGUCAUCAGAAAACUACUGGCUCUCAUUGCAGGAGAAAAGAGUUCUGAGCAGGCACAGGCUGCAGAUCCAGAAGAUGAGAUUUUUCUCUCUGGGAUUGUUGGACAGACGCUACCUGAAAAAUUGUACAACGUGUGGAUCCACUUGCAGAGCCACGUCAACAUUGUCUUUGACAGCGAAAUGGACAAACUGAUGACAGAGAAGUACCCAGGAAUUAGACAGAUCCUGGAGAAAAAAGAGGGAUUGUUCCGGAAACACAUGAUGGGAAAGCGAGUGGACUACGCUGCCCGCUCCGUCAUUUGUCCCGACAUGUUCAUCGAGACCAAUGAGAUAGGAAUACCCAUGGUUUUUGCCACCAAGCUGACGUACCCUCAGCCCGUCACACCGUGGAACGUAAAGGAGCUCCGGCAGGCGGUUCUGAACGGGCCCAGCACUCAUCCCGGUGCCUCCAUGGUGAUCAACGAGGACGGCAGAAAGACCAUCCUGUCAGCUUCAGACUUUGCUCAGAGGGAAGCGGUCGCCAAGCAGCUGCUGACACCCUGUCCAGUGCCACAUACGAUGCCCAUGAAGAUCGUAAACCGCCACAUAAAGAACGGAGAUGUUUUGUUGCUCAACAGACAGCCGACUCUGCACAGACCCUCCAUACAAGCCCACUGCGCUCGCAUCUUACCAGGAGAGAAGGUGCUCAGGCUCCAUUACGCCAACUGUAAGGCGUACAAUGCUGACUUUGAUGGAGAUGAAAUGAACGCUCACUUCCCUCAGAGUGAGCUGGGCCGAGCAGAAGCCUACACAUUGGUCAGCACCAACCAGCAGUACCUCGUCCCCAAGGACGGGAAACCCUUAGCAGGUCUGAUCCAGGACCACAUGGUAUCAGGUACCAAGAUGACGAUACGAGGCUGCUUCUUCACCAGAGACCAGUACACGGAGUUGGUGUAUCGAGGACUGACUGACAAGUCGGGCAGGGUGAAGCUGCUGCCUCCAGCUCUGCUCAGACCUCAGCACCUGUGGACUGGGAAGCAGGUGGUGUCCACGUUGCUGCUCAACAUAAUCCCAGAGAAAGCUGUGCCUCUAAACCUGGUGGGGAGGUCCAAGAUCCCCAGCAAGGCAUGGAUUCAGGUCCCCCCACGAGCCGCCCCCGGAUACAGAGCAGACAGCAUGUGUGACUCUCAGGUGGUGAUCCGUCAGGGGGAGCUGUUAGUCGGGGUUCUGGACAAAGCUCACUACGGUUCCUCGGCCUACGGUUUGGUCCACAGCUGCUAUGAGCUGUACGGAGGGGAGACCAGUGGGAAGCUGCUCAGCUGCCUGGCCCGGCUCUUCACAGCAUACCUGCAGCUGUACAGAGGCUUCACUCUGGGUGUGGAGGACAUCCUUGUCAAGCCUGGAGCCAAUAUUCAGAGGAAGAAGAUUAUUGAUGAAUCCCUGAAGAUUGGCAACAACGCCCUCCAGCUAGCGUUCAACCUGCAGCCUGACAUAGAUCCAGCUGAAGCUCGGAGCCGGUGGCAGGACGCUCACCUCAACCCCGACCAGAGAGACUUCAGCAUGGCCGACCACAAGUUCAAAGAGGUGGCCAACCAAGUGAACAACAGCAUCAACAAGGUGUGUAUGCCAGUGGGACUGCACACGUCUUUUCCAGACAACAACCUGCAGCUCAUGGUCCAGUCAGGAGCCAAGGGCUCUACAGUCAACACCAUGCAGAUCUCGUGUCUGCUGGGUCAGAUCGAGUUGGAAGGCCGUCGGCCUCCACUGAUGCCUUCUGGGAAAUUCCUGCCGUGCUUUCAGCCAUACGACCCGUCCCCCGGUGCCGGGGGCUUUGUGUCUGGAAGGUUUCUGACAGGAAUCAAACCUCAGGAGUUUUUCUUCCACUGCAUGGCUGGAAGAGAAGGACUGGUGGACACGGCUGUGAAGACGUCUCGAUCAGGAUACCUGCAGAGGUGCAUCAUAAAGCAUCUGGAGGGUUUGGUGGUCCAGUAUGACCUGACUGUGAGGGACAGCGAUGGGUCUGUGGUCCAGUUCUUGUACGGUGAGGAUGGGCUGGACAUACCUAAGACUCCGUUCCUGCAGCCAAGACAGUUCCCCUUCAUAGAAGACAACUACGAGGUCAUCAGGCAGUCCCAGGGUCUGGACAGGGUUCUGACUCAUUUGGACCCACAGAGUGCCAGUUGCCACUUCGCAGCCAUCCAACGCUGGAAAGCAAAGAGAGGAGCGGCGUGUCCUCGGACAGGAGCGUUCUUGCUGUUUUCUCAGAAGAAGUUGGCCAAACUGAGAGAAACUUUAGGAGCAGAGUCCACCACUCACCCAGACCCUGCUGUGGUGCAGCUGGGGAAGCAGUGGCACUCCCUGGAUGAGGCUGGCAGAGCCCGGUACUGCAGGAAGUCCUCCCGCUGCCCGGAGCCCUCACUGAGCCGGUUCAGGCCCGACAUCUGCUUUGGAUCAGUUUCUGAAAACUUCCACAACAUCACAGAGGAAUACCUCCAGAACAGAACCAGUGACCGACAGGAUUGCCUGGACUCCCACAGCCUUCGGCAGCUGCUGCACUACAAGUGGCAGCGAGCUCUGUGUGACCCGGGGGAGGCUGUGGGUCUGCUGGCAGCUCAGUCUAUAGGCGAGCCCUCCACACAGAUGACCCUCAACACCUUCCACUUCGCUGGCAGAGGAGAGAUGAACGUCACGCUGGGAAUCCCUCGUCUGAGGGAGAUCCUGAUGGUGGCCAGCUCGAACAUCAAGACCCCCAUGAUGAGCGUCCCUGUGCUCAACAACAGGAAGGCCCUGAAGAGAGCACGAGCACUGAGGAAGAAGCUCAGCAGGGUGUGCCUGGCUGAGGUCCUGCAGAAGGUGGACGUGGUUGAGACUUUGCGAAUUGAAAAGUAUCACAAGCAUCGGAUUUUCAAAGUAACCUUUACCUUCCUGCCUCCUGACCGUUACCAUGACGACAAGCUGCUAUCUCCUCAUCAGAUCCUCCGCUACAUGGAAACAAGAUUCUUCCGUCUUUUCCUGGAAGCCAUGAAGAAGCGUGUAGCCAAACUGGCCUCCAUCGCCGUGGAGACGAGGAAGGCCUCCCUCAGAGACAAAGACCCUGACGUGGAGGAGACAGCUGCCACAGCGGAGUUAGAUGAAGGAGGAGAGGAGGGGGAGAUAGUUGAUGACCAGGGGGACGAAGGAGAUGCCGACGCUUCAGAUGCCAAGAUAAGGAGCAAACAGGAGGAGGAGGUGGACUACGAGAGCGAGGAUGAAGAUGAGAGUGAUGAUGCUGAAGAUAAGGAGGAUGGGGAGGCUCAGGAGAACCCAGAGUCCAACUCGGUGGAGGAGUCUCAGCCUGAGCCUGCACCAGUGAUCGUGGAAACUAAGAAGAAGGGACCGUCAGAGGAUUCCUUGGUCCAGACGAGAGUGAACUCAGUCCUGCAGAUCAACUCAGCUGUAGAGAAAUAUUCCUUUGAUCAGGAGCAGGAACUCUGGUGUGAGAUCCUGGACAUCAACAGACUGUACUCCAAUGAAGUCCACGCCAUGGCCAACACGUACGGGAUCGAAGUGGCCCUGAAGGUCAUCGAGAAGGAGAUCAAAGAUGUCUUUGCUGUUUACGGUAUCGAGGUGGACCCCAGACACCUGUCUCUGGUGGCAGACUACAUGUGCUUCGAAGGCGCGUACAAGCCUCUAAACCGCCACGCCAUCCAGUCCAACUCGUCUCCUCUGCAGCAGAUGACCUUCGAGACGAGCUACAAGUUCCUCAAACAGGCCACCAUGCUGGGGUCGCAUGAUCAGCUGGUGUCACCCUCAGCCUGCCUGGUGGUUGGAAAGGUGGUCAGAGGAGGAACGGGUCUGUUUGAACUGAAACAACCUCUGCAGUAGUUUCCAUCACGCUGAGUGUACUUCCUGUUUCAGCUCGCUCUGUCGUCAGGUUAAACGUGCUCAUCGCAAAGAUUCAAACCAAACAAAAACUCAUCCUCAGCUGUAUCAUAUGGAGCAGUUUACUCUGGUCUGAAAUGCAGGUCCACACUGAAUGUAAACAAAACACUGCUGAGUUUACGUGCUCUACGUUAGGCUGGUCUGUGUAGGUGAAUAAAUAUGGCAGUAACUUUAAUGGCUGUGCUGAAUGUUUAGUUCAAGGACACGCUGAUGAGGAAAAUGCGUGGAUUACAUUUAUUUUGUGGAUUCCUUGUCUUGUCUUCAUGACUUUAUGAUGAGUGCCUUUAAAUUUCUAUAAACCAUUAUGCUCCUGAGCAUAUUGCAUUCUGCAGAUUGGCCAUUUCCAACAGACUAUUUAAAAAAGUUAAAAUUUUGUUAGA